CUGCAAGAAGUGGAAGAUCUGAACUAUGAUCGUAACACGUCGAGCCUUCACGCUCGUUCUCGGUCCGCACCGGCUGGCAGCCCCAAAAUCGCUGACAGAAAACUUUCUAAAAAGAAAUCGAAGGCGAACGAAAAGUCAGCUGUCCAGUUUCUGGAAAAUCCUUCACUCAAACCAGUUCUCCUCCUGUUCGCCAUUGAAACAAUCAAAAACUACCUUCUGCUGCUGCAGAACUCGACGAAUCCAGAAGUUCUCGAAGCAAGUGCUGGCGCUAUUCAAAAUCUGGCGGCUUGCGAAUGGGAGCCGUCUCUUGAAGUGAGAACCGUUGUCCGUAAAGAAAAGGGUUUACCGAUUCUUGUGGAAUUGCUACGAACCGACACGGAGAAGGUGAAAUGCGCUUCAGCGAAGGCGCUGCGAAAUUUGGCGCUGGAUGGCAGGAAUAAAGAGUUGAUCGGCAAGUACGCUAUGGCCGAACUCGUCAGCCUCUUGCCUGGUUCGAUUGUUGAACAAAAUUUGUCUGAAGAGACGAUCAUCACCGCUCUGAGUUUGAUUUAUACGACCACGUCUAAGAACCCUGACUUCACCAGGGCUUUUCAUGAGAGAGGCGGCACCGAGAGGCUGGUCAGCAUUUCACGCAGUCGAACUCUUUACAGCUCUAGAGUGGUCAUGUAUACCUCACAAGUUCUUCUGGCCAUGUGGCAGCAUAAGGACCUUCACGACAUGUUCUACAGAUCUGGAUUCAAAGACGAGAACUUUUUGCUACUGCCCGGAACAAUGCGCGGCUCUGUGGAUACCCUAACAAGACCCGUCGGCACUCCGGGCGUUGAGGAUUACGCCCAAAGGUUGCCAGGCAGCGAAAACAACGUCCGAUCUCAGUUUGGUAGCUUGAACCUGCGAACCGAACCUCUGACGCCCACCAAUUACUGUAGUACUGAUUACACUAGUUACUCUAAUUUUCCGCAUGGAAUCAGCAGCGGCGCACCGCCCACUCUAUCGCGAACCUCUUUAACAAUGGGCGAUCCUUUGUACUCAGAAGUGCACAAGACCAGGAAUCGACCAACCAGAGCACAGUCUGCCCACGUUUCGUCAGUGAACACGGAUGAGCCUGCCGGCGAUAGCUGGGUUUAG